AUGGCUACAAGAGAAAACAACCACCAUCAUUCCAAGAAAACGACACCGUCUUUCAGCUCUUCCCGGUUGUUUAUCUCUCUCAUCUGUCUGGUUUCCCUCCUCCUUGUCAUUUCUCUCUUCAAAACCUCUCCGAGAGAAACACCGACACAGCCCGAGCAGAACAUUCAAACGGCGCCGUUGCAGACCGGCGGCGACACUCCUAGUCUCACCCUGAGCUCCGACUGUGACUACUCCGAAGGCCAAUGGAUUUAUAAUCCUACGGCCGAGAAAUCAUUUCGAUACGAUCAGACGUGCAAGGAGAUAUUCAAAGGAUGGAAUUGCAUUGGCAGUAACAAAUUCAACGGUAUUGAUCUGGUGAAGUGGCUCUGGAAGCCUUCCCAAUGCGAGCUUCCCCAGUUUGAUCCUCUUCUCUUCCUAAAACGCUUUAGAAACACUAAUAUCGGGUUUGUAGGCGACUCCUUGAACAGGAACAUGUUUGUUUCACUUUUCUGCACGCUGAAACGCGUGUCAAAUGAUGUGAAAAAGUGGCGUCCGGCUGGGGCUGAUCGUGGCUUUACCUUUCUCAGCUAUAAUCUUACAAUUUCAUAUCACCGGACAAAUCUUUUGGCUCGUUACGGUAGGUGGGUUGCAAGCACCAAUGGUGGUCCUUUAGAAUCACUUGGAUAUAAGGAAGGUUAUAGGGUUGAUGUUGAUAUACCAGAUGGAACGUGGGAAAAAGCUCCUAGUUUUCAUGAUAUUCUUAUUUUUAAUACAGGACACUGGUGGUGGGCUCCCUCGAAGUUUGACCCCCUGAAAUCGCCAAUGCUAUUUUUCGAAAAGGGUAACCCAGUGAUACCACUCGUGCCUCCAGAUGUUGGCCUUGAUAUGGUCUUGAAACACAUGAUUCCAUAUGUUGAAAAAACAAUUCGCCCAGGCACAACAAUAUUCUUUAGAACUCAAUCUCCAAGGCAUUUUGAAGGGGGUGAUUGGGAUCAAGGUGGUAGCUGUCAACGUUCACAGCCGCUGUCAUCAGAAGAAGUGGAAGAAUUUUUCUCUGUUGGAAGAAAUGGAACAAAUGUGGAGACGCGGCUUGUUAAUGAACAUUUAUACAAGGCCCUGAAGGGCUCUAGUUUUCACAUCUUGGAGAUUACCCGGUUGAGCGAGUACAGAGCUGAUGCUCAUCCAUCAACUGCAGGUGGUAAAAAACACGAUGAUUGCAUGCACUGGUGCUUACCAGGCAUUACAGAUACUUGGAAUGAUGUAUUUGUAGCACAUUUAAACAGGAUCUACAGUAGCAAUUAG